AUGCAAAAAAACGAGCACACACAUACACUCAAAGAUCCAUCCAUGGCGGAGCACGAAGGGCAGCGUGAAUCAGCGGCUGAAUCACUGGUGGAUAAGAUAACAGAGAAGAUCAACGGUCAUGAUUCAUCUUCGUCGUCUGAUUCCGACAACGAAAAGUUUGAUGCUGUUAAAUCGAAAAUCUUUCGGCUUUUUGGUAGAGAGAAACCCGUCCACAAAGUAUUAGGCGGUGGAAAACCUGCUGACGUUUUCCUGUGGAGGAACACGAAAAUCUCUGCUGGGGUGCUUGGUGGUGCAACUACAGUCUGGGUUCUAUUUGAAUUGCUUGGAUAUCAUUUAAUAACUUUAGUUUGCUAUUUAUCAAUAUUUUCUCUGGCUGUUCUUUUCCUGUGGUCCAAUACAUCCGAUUUCUUGAACAAGCCCCCGCCUAAAAUCCCUGAAGUUGUGCUUCCUGAAAAAUGUGUUCGUGAAGUUGCUUCUGUGCUGAGAAUUGAAAUCAACCGAGGAUUUGCUGUCCUGCGUGAUAUUGCAUCUGGGAGAGAUUUGAAGAAGGUUCUUGCUGUAAUUGCUGGCUUGUGGGUUCUGUCACUUAUUGGGAGUUGCAUUAACAUCCUGACCUUGCUCUACAUAUCCUUUGUUUUGCUGCACACCGUGCCAGUGCUGUAUGAGAAGCACGAGGACCAGGUUGAUGCAUAUUCUGAAAAGGCAUGGAUUGAGAUCAAGAAGCAGUAUGCAGUGUUCGAUGAAAAAUAUUUAAGCAAAAUUCCAAAGGGGGCAUUGAAGGGAGAGAAGAAGGAUUAGAGAGAGGGAGAGAGAGACCAGCUCUAGUGUUCACUGGGUUGAAUUUUGACUCUCAUAAAUGGUCAAUUCCAUUCUUUCAUGGUUAGGUUUUGAGGGGUUACAAGUUACGAGUCUAGACUUAUCAUCAGCCAGCCCUUGUUGUCAAUUGUGUUGAUGUUUGAUCUUAUCAGUGUUGUCGAUUUUAACAUUGUUCAUUGUGUCAUUCCAGUAGUGUUUUUCAUCAGCAUAUUCAUGCUAGAUUUUAACUCUAUUACAAAUUAUUUUACAUUCCAUUUUGGAGAAGGAAAAAAAUAAAGCGAUUCCUGCCUUUGGAGAGAUA